AUGUCCUUGUCAAAACCGUUUCCACUUAUUCGUCUUCCCAGAUUGCCUCUAUUCAAAGUUUUCAACUACAUCGGCGUUCAGGAACAGAAGUUGCACAUUCAGAAUUUGAAGAUCAGCUCUACGAUAGUGGAAGACGAAAUUGUGGGAUUUGUUUUGGACAAUUGUAGAGCCGCUUCUGAAGUUCAUCUGAAUUGUCCCACGACUCCAGGAUUUGACUAUCUCAAAAAGACUCCAACCCCAAAAUUCAGUCUUGAUAAGCUGACAAUCAACUAUGCGGAAUGGGUUACCACAAGGCACUUAACAAAUUUAUUCAUAAAUUGCAAACAUGUCAUACUUGAUGGAUGCGAUCCAAAAAAUCUCAAAAUUAAACAAUUCAUCAAAAAAUGGGUUUACGAAUAUUCUCAAUUGAAAUACGCCAGUCUGACAUUCGAUUAUGCUGACUUCUCUAUGAAAGAUAUUAUGAGAUGGAUACCAUCAAAACGUGUGCCGACUAGAACGAUGUUGGAACCAUGCAACGUUUAUUGUAUCAAACAACAAAAAACUGGAGCUCAAGCCUAUGUUAUUAGGAAUCAUCGUACAAUUCUGAUUACUGAUUCUCUGCAAUAA